CUUUUUAUAUCCUUCUUUAACCUUUCAUUCUCAUCUUCUCCCCAAACAAACACUCCCCUUUCUUCUGCUGUGUUUGUCUCAUCCUUUUUCUUUAAUGGCGAUGGAAGUUCCUCGAUCACUCCCACAGUACCCAGAGAUGAUAUUUAGAGCAAUUUCAGCUCUAAAUGAAGCAGCAGGUUCAAACAAAUCAAGUAUUUCAAACUACAUAGAAUCAACAUACGGAGAUCUACCAGCAGGACAUACAGAGCUACUAACUCAGAACUUGGAUAAACUUAAAGAGAGUGGGGAGCUUGUUUUUGUGAAGAAUAACUACAUGCGUCCAAACCCAGAUGCACCAGCAAAAAGAGGUAGAGGUCGUCCACCUAAACCUAAAUCUGCAGCAGCAAUGGCUAUAGCUGCUGCUAAAGCUGCUCAUGUUGGUCCACCAAGAGGUAGAGGUAGACCACCAAAGAAUAAAGAUGAGUCUGGUGGUGGUUCUGUUGCUGAGAAAAGAAAGGUUUCUGAACCUUCUGGAAGACCAAGAGGUAGACCUAAAAAGGUCAGGUCUGAUGAAGGUGAGGGUGAGGGUGGUGAUGAUGAAGAAGGUGAUGAUGAUGAAGUUGUUCCAGCUGGUGUUCCUGGUGCUGCUGGGGGUGCUGGUGCUGGUGCUGGACUUAACAUCACUGGUUCUCCUAAACCUCGUGGUAGACCUCCAAAGGUUAAGACUCCUUUUGGUAUUGUGGGUUUCUGAUCUCAACAAGGAGAAGGUGAUGUGGUAGAUUGUGACUGAUUUUAAGGGUAGUUUAUGGAUGGGGCUCUCUGAUCUUCUGUGAGUAAUGGGUUUAAUUCUUACUCUGUUGGGUGUAGUAGUCCUUUUUAAUUAAUUUUAGCUGUAAGUUUGUGUGUUGCUGCUGCCUUUUGUUAUCUGUAAUUGCAUGUACAUUUGAUGCAGAAGAAACAGGAGAAGAAUGAAGAAUGAAUGAAUGACUCUUUUUGUUUUUUCAAGUUUGUUGAUCUAGGAUGGAGGGUUUCUAAUUUACUCUUUAGUUUGUGUUUGUUCAACUUAAUUUCAAUGGAAUCAAUAGAUCUUGUUAAUUAGUACU